AUGGAAGAGGAAGAAAAUAUUCCUGUAAUAAUUUUAGACCCAGGUUCAUGGAAAAUAAAAAUUGGUUUUGCCAAGGAUGAUUUACCUAAUGAUGAAAUUCCUUGUGUAUAUAUUGAAGAAACUUCGGAUAUAUCAAAAGACAUAAAAUUUGGUAUUGAAGCUGUUGAAGAUUACAUGAGAAUUAGAUAUAGCCACACAAUAUCUCAUACAAUAAAAGAAAACAGUUCUGACCAUAAAGAAGGAAUAAAUAAUUUAGUUAAUGUUAAGAUGACAUUUGCUGACCCUCGACAUCCGUUAAGCCACAAUAAUUUCAAUGAUGUACUUGAAAUAUAUAAUUAUCUGAUAAAUAAAUUAAAUAUAAAUACCGAUAAAUAUAACAUUUUAAUAGUUAUCCCAGAACGUGCAGAAAAAUUAUUUUUGUCCAAUAUAUUAAGAUGGGCAUUUAAAAUUCAUCAUUUCAUGUCUAUAUCAUUUAUUUAUAAUUCACUAGCAGCAACAUAUUAUUACGGAAUAAAAACAGUCGAUAUAGGAGAAAGCGGAAGUAGGGUUACACCCGUUGCUGAAAAUCAUGGCAUUUUUUUGGACUUUAUAAAAAAUAAUGAAAUCAGUGGAUACUUAAUAAAUAAAUAUAUUUCAAACUUUGUUAAAAUUGAUGACAGUUAUAUAGAUUAUAUUCUCAUACAAGAUUAUAAAGAAAGGAAUAGCUAUGUUAGUCUUGAUGUUGAUAAAAAUAUAAAAAUGUAUAGUGAAUGUAACGGUCUUAUCAAACCAUAUAAAAUUCCUUACACUAAUAUUUAUAUAGAUCCUAAAAGUGAAAUAUUAAGUCAUGAAAUAUUUUUUCAACCAGAAUUUCUGGCACAUAUGCCAGGAAAUUUCUUUAAACAAAAUAUUAUAUCAUUAAGUCAAUUAAUUUUUGAAGCCGUUUCUUCUUGUCCAAUUGAUUUAAGAAAACAAUUCUUUGAUAAUAUUAUUUUAAUAGGAGGUGUUUCCAAUUGUAUUAAUUUUAGUCAAAGAUUAAAAAAAGAAUUAUUACACAUAUUAAAAGAAAAAAAUUAUAGUGAAAAUACAAAUAUACAUAUUAAAAAAUUUAGAAUGUCUCAUAUUUCCUCUUAUUUAGGAGGAAACAAAUAUAGUAAAAUACUAUACCAUAAUAAAAAAAAAUGGGUAACCAGGCAUGAAUAUCAUGCUUCAAAUAAAAAUCAAAUAAUACAAAAACUUUUAAUGUGGGCUAAUAUUUUAUAG